AAUCACAAUUCUCGUGAUGAAGAUGAUCUUACGCCGAAUCAAUCCCUCCAAAUCCUUUCUUCCAAUCAAUAACAACCUCCAUCGCUUCAUCGAUACGGCGGCGGAAUCACCAUACACGGCGGCGCCGGAGGAAGAAAAUGAAACAGCAGCAACAAUCACCAAUCUCUGCAAAUCGUUUUCAAAUAACCUAAACUGGAAGACCCUAAAUCGAAAUAUCGAGUUAUCCGAUAUCAAAAGCUCAACCAUCAUCAACAGAGUAUUAAUUCAACUUAAGGAUCCACCAAAUGCCAAAAAAGCCCUAUCGUUCUUCCAUUGGUCAUCCCAUUUCGCCAACAUCACACACUCAACACACACAUACGCUCUUCUGAUUCACAUUUUAGUCAACGCCAAGCUAAUCAAAGAUGCCAGCGCGCUUAUUGAAUCAGUUCUCACCAGAUCCGCUGCAGGUAAUCGUAAUGGUAAUGGUAACGAUUCUUAUUCUGUGAUCUCGUUUAUACAUUAUUUGAUGAGUAGUUAUGAGGUUACUGGUUCAAAUCAGUUUGUGUUUGAUUUAUCGAUUCAAAUUUGUUCGAAGUUACGAUUGAUUGAUGAAGCUAUAGAUGUUUGUUUUUGUUUGGGCGAAAAUGGAUUUAGAUUGAGUGUGGUCAGUUAUAAUAUCUUAUUGCACGUAAUUCAGAAAUCAGAUAAGACGAAUUUGGUUUGGAGGGUUUAUGAGCAUAUGAUCGAACAUAGAACAUAUCCAAAUGAAAAAAGUGUUGGGAUUAUGGUUUCUGCAUUAUGUAAAGAAGGGAAACUGCAAAAUUUCGUUAAUAUGAUCGAUAGGAUCGAUGGGAAGAGAUGCUUGCCUCGAGUGAUCGUUAACACUUGUCUGAUUUUAAGGAUGAUAGAGGAGGGAAGAAUCUCAGAUGGGUUAGUUUUGUUGAAGAAAUUGUUGCUAAAAAACAUGAUUCUUGAUACCAUUUCAUGUUCUUUGAUUGUGUAUGGUAAGAUAAAGCUAGGAGAAUUGGAGUCUGCAUGGAAAGUGUUUGAUGAAACGCUCAAAAGAGGGUUUAAACCCAAUUCUUUUGUGCAUACUUCAUUCAUAUGUGCAUAUUGUGAGGCUGGAAUGAUCGAAGAUGGAUACGAGUUGUUUAAAGACAUGGAACGUGUUGGUUUGCAGGCAUAUAACGAGACUUAUAUUCAUAUGAUCGUUGGGUUUUCGAAGGUCGGAAGAUUAGAAGAAAGCUUGGAAUUGUGUGCGAAAAUGAUGCAGAAUGGGUUCAUUCCAAGUUGCUUGGCUUUCAACGAAGUGGUUGAAAGAGUAAACGGACACGAAAACGUUCAUCGGGCAGAUGAGAUUUUGACUCGUUUGUUGGAUAAAGGGUUCGUCCCGGAUGUGAAUACGUAUUCUUACCUUAUCGCAGGUUAUGGACGAGAAAAUGAUGUCGAGAAGGUUCUUAAGCUUUAUUAUGAAAUGGAAUAUAGGAAACUAUCUCCUGGUGCAUUGGUGUUUUCUUGGUUAAUUGUUGGUCUUUUCCGAGCCGGGAGAUUGGCGGAAUCGGAGAAAUAUUUGCGGGUAAUGAAAGCUCGAUCGUUCGUCCCUUUGGAGUACACGGUCGAUAUGUUGAUUUUGAGCCAUGAAAAGGGCAACACGCCGAGGCUCGACCGUAAAACUGAUUGAACAUGUGAGUAUGUUGGGGCUCUUCCUCGUAGGUCAGUGGUUCGAGUCCUGCAAAACCUCUCGGAAUUUUCUUAACUGUUUUUCAAUCAUUUUUGUGUUGUGAACAUGUGUAAGAUAAUUUAUAGAUGAGCAAAAAACACUAGGUUAAGAAAACUAGAUCAAUUAAGUUAGGACCAAUCGGUCCAGGCUAGUUACACCAUCUUAGAGACGGGCUAGUUAUUGGACCGGUUGAAGCCAACUCGGUCUACGGGACCGGUCAAUGUUUUUUAAG